AUGGCAACUGAACCAUCAACCACGGCCAUGAACGACACUGAAGUCAUUCAAGUGCCAGAAUACUUUUAUGCGGUGGACAUUAGCUACUUGACACACAUGAUUGCGGACAUGCUCGGCCGACUCAUAUCCCACAAUGAUCUUAUACCGCUGACACCAAGCAACUUGACACGAUUCCACUCUCGAACACCACCCAACAUUUCACUCAAUGACUACUUACGACGCAUUGUCAAAUACGCCUCUGUCGAAAAGGCGUGUUUACUCGUUCUGCUGAUCUAUAUUGACCGCGUGUGUGAACUGCACCCUCAGUUCACGAUAUCGUCACUGACCGUCCAUCGAUUCCUUAUCACUGCCGUGACCGUAUCCUCCAAAUCCCUCUGCGACUCGUAUUGUACCAAUUCACACUAUGCCAAAGUCGGCGGUAUCUCGACGCAGGAACUCAAUGCCCUCGAGCUCGAAUUUUUGCGACUCAUUGAUUGGAACUUGUCAAGUUCGGGGCCGGUCUUGCAGCAGUAUUACAUCAAUUUGGAAGAAGAAGAAGAAGAAGAAGGGGCUGAAAUGCAAGAGGCUGUGGAUGGUGGCGAUGAUGAGGAGCAAAAGACGAUCCGACAUUUUGACAAGCUGCUCCAACGCGACUGGAUACCAUACAUUGCAUAG